AGAGAGACGCGCUCCAAUGAGAAAAGUUUACUUGUUCUUCCUCCGCACAAUCCCACAGCUGAGGGCAUUGAUGUGAGCGCAGAGGCUUUCUGUUUUUUACGCGCACUUCUUUCCCCCCAUCUUUCACCUUCACACACGGAGCACAUAUCCACCUUCUCACCUUUAGUUUUAGCGCGUGUCUGUGUUUCUUUUCUUUCCUUUCCCUCCCUUUUAUGAAUGAUUCUCUCUCGCAACACUUCUCCCAAGAUAUCCUCGGAUACCUCGCCGUCCUCGUCCGCACGACCUCACCUCGGCACCUCGACUUCUUCUCUCGUCAAGUUCAAACGCCACCAGGACUUUCACUGCAGCUUCAGUCGCACUUGGGGGAAAUAUCACUCAGAGAGGAAAAGUUUGAUACUUUGUGCAUCAGCAGCAGCAGCUGAAGCUGAAGCCGCCGCCAACAUGAGCCUCAAAGCUGACGCAGAGCCCAACAACAACGUUUCCAUCGAAGAGGAGGUACGAACACUGUUUGUCAGCGGCCUGCCAGUCGAUAUUAAACCACGAGAACUUUACCUUCUCUUCAGACCAUUUAAGGGUUAUGAAGGGUCACUGAUUAAGUUAACAUCAAAACAGCCUGUCGGGUUUGUAACCUUUGACAGUCGCUCUGGAGCCGAAGCUGCGAAAAAUGCUCUAAAUGGUAUCCGUUUUGACCCCGAAAGUCCCCAGACCCUGCGCUUAGAGUUUGCUAAAGCCAACACGAAGAUGGCAAAGAGUAAGCUGAUGGCCACACCGAACCCCACAAAUAUCCACCCUGCUCUAGGAGCACACUUCAUUGCACGGGACCCAUAUGAUCUGACAGGGGCAGCACUGAUCCCAGCAUCUCCGGAUGCCUGGACUCCUUACCCCCUGUACACCACGGAGCUGACCCCUGGCCUCCCUCACGCAGCCUUCACUUAUCCAGCGGCUGCUGCCGCUGCUGCAGCCCUCCACGCCCAGGUGAGGGACCAACCGAUGCGCUGGUACCCUACUCCCUCUGAGACUUCCCAGCCUGGAUGGAAGUCCCGGCAGUUUUGUUAGAUAUUUAGCCUCUGGAAACCACACCUUUGUCCAGCUGAAGUGAGGUUUGCCAAGCUCUUCAUUAAUUUAAUCAGGUUUAUUUAAUGGACAGAUGUGCAUUAUUAUAAACAAACAGUAUUUAUAUCGCCUCCCGAUUGUCUCUGGGGGGGGGGGGGGGAGUCUGAGUUGAAACCAUCUUGCUGUCGACAAUCUGAGCUCAUCCUUGGCAACUAUUGCGGUACCAUCUUAGCACUUCAAAAAAAAAAAAGAAAAAAAAGAACCUCAAGCAAAGCCUAUAGUCAAAACCCUUUGGAUCAUACUUGCUGAGGAAAUUUGACGCAUUGAAGUUACCGUUGUUAAGCUAGUCCUUCCUCGGGUCGCCGCUGCUCCUGGGAGGUUUAGAAGAGUCAUUGCAUGUUAGUCUUUUUGGCAUGAAUUUAGAACGCAGAGUUCUGUGUAUCCUAAUUUUCUUAGUGUUUGUGUUGCCUCUUUACCCUUUGGCCUAGACAGCGAAAUGUUUUGUUUUCCUGUAGAACCUUGGUCUUACCUCUGUGAAAGCUAGGCUGUUGUGUAAAUGGCUUAUCUCGCAUGGACCUUGUGAAUGCAUCCCUAUGACAACCCCAGUCCUUAUGAUCAUAUCAGUGUCUGUCAUUAUUUGAGCAAAAGUAAAGUACAAAUAUUUUUGUACUUUUUUUGCGUAAUGUAUAUUUAUGCAUUUUUGUGCAACUAAAAUAAUGAAACCUGUAUAAGUUGGA